UUGUGAAUGCCACUCAAGGCUGGGAUCACUUCCUGUGUAGUGGGAGACAGCCCGGACACAGAGUAGAGAGGUUGGUGCUGCUGCUCAUAUACAAUCACAUUUUACAAGGGUAUUUGGUUUAGCUUUGUUUACUGCAAUGCCAGCUGGAGUUUCUUGGCCUCGCUACCUGAAGAUGCUAGGAGCAAGUAUGCUGUCCAUGUUUGCUGGAGCAGAGGUUGUUCAUAGAUAUUACAGACCAGAUCUUAGUGUGCCUGAUAUUCCACCACGUCCAGGUGAACUGAAAACAGAGCUCCUGGGAUUGAAAGCUCGAGAACAGCAGGAAAACACCUAACUGCUGCAGAUUUUGGAACUUAAUGCAAGUGUCUGUUUUGGAUGCAUUAUUUAAUUUGUAAAGAUUAACACAUUAUUUUUAUACUAAGAUCUUUAUAUUAAAUUUAAAAAAAAAUUG